AUGGUGUCUCGAAAAGCUAAAACUAAACCUAUCCGAAGAAAAUUUCGGUGCGUCUCUGGUGGCAAGAAAGCCUUCGUCUUCCUCGUCCAAUUCUGCGUUGAAUUCUUUGUUGGAGGAUCUAAAUUUCUGAAUGCAACUGAAGAUGUCAUGUUGCAGAGCUCCGUCACGCUGAACUCGGAUUCUGAAGUCAUGACAGUGGGUGGACAAGAUAACAUGCAGCAAAUGGACAAAUUCAACGCAAGGGCAGUAACCCUUGAUGGUUACUAUGGCUCUCAACAGAGCGUUCAGGGAAUGUUGAACUUGAUGGGACCAACACGUGAUAGUUAUUAUGGGAAUCAACAGACAAUUCAGGGGCUGGGACAGUUAAGUUCCAUACCAACAAGCCACGAUGGUUACUAUGGUGCUCAUCAAAGCAUGCCUGGUCUGGUAAGGUACUAUGGUGCU